CCGAUCAUCAACCCCUUUGUCGGUCGCUAGCAUUGCAUCGAAAAAAGAUGCCGACGCAGGAAUACGCGGUCAACGAGUUCAGCUUGAGCACCCAGCCUCACUUCAAUCUGCUCAGGAUCUUGGGCGGCUGGGGCAAUGUGAAUGGUCCGGGUCUUUUAAUGCUCCGUAGCAUGAUUGCAGGCAUGUCUGCGGCUGCCGUCUUUGGUCUCUCGGCCGCGAUGAUCGGGAGCACUAUCUGGGGCACUGCGGCUUUGCCCUUCAUCGUCGGAUCGUCGUUGGGUUUCGCGCUGGGUAGUACCAGAUGGUACGCGACCGCCACGAAGGAAGCCCUGCUCCAGCUGGACAACUACCCGUCCCUCUUGCGGCUUCAUCUCAUCGCCAACUUCCCGUGGAAGCCGGAGCUGGGCCGCAAAGGCCUCGCGUGGUAUACCUCCGACAGAUUCAAUUCGAGCUGGCAGAUGAGGAGCAUGCUUGUGGUUGGGUGGCUUACGGCGCAGCCCGCCCUUGACGAUAUUCGAAACCGGACCGAGGCCGGGCUCGUGGAGAGUUACACGAGGCAGGAUUAUGUCGACGUGGAAAAGCUGGGCGGCAAGCCCGAGGACGAGUAGACGGAGGGCAAGCGUGGCAUCCAGAUCGGACGCUUCAUGGUGUUUUUGAUUGGAGGCGUGUCACUAUCAAGGGCUAUUGUUAAGGACAGAGACGGAAAGCAUAUAUAAUACGACGCAGAAAACCAUGAGAUCACUGGUAUUGCACAUGAGGUAUCAUGGACAACCAGCCUGUCGUGUGUGUCCUGCUUUCUUUCCAAGGAGCUGCAAAACGAUGCUUCAUUCUUCC